AUGGAUGAUGAUCCACUAGCAGACUCAGUAGAAACUAUUAGAGAAUGGGUUGAAGAGCGCUCUAUUGGGAAGUUGGAUAUAGAUGAUGAGCCACCAGCAGACUCUGUAGAAACUAUUAGAGAAUGGGCUGAUGAGCGCUCUAAUGGGAAGUUGGAUAUAGAUGAUGGGCCACCGGCAGACUCAGUAGAAACUAUUAGAGAAUGGGCUGAUGAGCGCUCUAAAUGGACGUUGGAUAUAAAUGAUGAGCCACCAGCAGACUCAGUAGAAACUAUUAGAGAAUGGGCUGAUGAGCGCUCUAAUGGGAAGUUUGAUAUAGAUGAUGAGCUACCGGCAGACUCAGUUGAAACUAUUAGAGAAUUGGCUGAUGAGCGCUCUAAUGAGAAGUUGGAUAUAGAUGAUGAGCCACCACCAGACUCAGUAGAAACUAUUAGAGAAUGGGCUGAUGAGCGCUCUAAUGAGAAGUUGGAUAUAGAUGAUGAACCACCAGCAGACUCAGUAGAAACUAUUAGACAAUGGGCUGAUGAGCACUCUAAUGAGAAGUUGGAUAUAGAUAAUGAGCCACCGGCAGACUCAGUAGAAACUAUUACAGAAUGGGCUGAUGAGCACUCUAAUGAGAAGUUGGAUAUAGAUUAUGAUCCACCAGCAGACUCAGUAGAAACUAUUAGAGAAUUGGCUGAUGAGCGCUCUAAUGGGAAGCUGGAUAUAGAUGAUGAGCCACCGGCAAACUUAGUAGAAACUAUUAGAGAAUGGGCUGAUGAGCGCUCUAAUGAGAAGUUGGAUAUAGAUGAUGAGCCACCACCAGACUCGGUAGAAACUAUUAGAGAAUUAUCUGAUGAGCGCUCUAAUGGGAAGUUGGAUAUAGACGAUGAGCCACCGGCAGACUCAGUAGAAACUAUUAGAGAAUGGGCUGAUGAGCGCUCUAAUGAGAAGUUGGAUAUAGAUGAUGACCCACCGCCAGACUCAGUAGAAACUAUAAGAGGAUGGGCUGAUGACUGCUCUAAUGAGAAGUUGGAUAUAGAUGAUGAACCACCAGCAGACUCAGUAGAAACUAUUAGAGAAAGGGCUGAUGAGCGCUCUAAUGAGAAGUUGGAUAUAGAUAAUGAGCCACUGGCAGACUCAGUAGAAACUAUUAGGGAAUGGGCUGAUGAGCACUCUAAUGAGAAGUUGGAUAUAGAUGAUGAUCCACCAGCAGACUCAGUAGAAACUAUUAGAGAAUUGGCUGAUGAGCGCUCUAAUGGGAAGUUGGAUAUAGAUGAUGAGCCACCGGCAGACUCAGUAGAAACUAUUAGAGAAUGGGCUGAGCAGCGCUCUAAAUGGACGUUGGAUAUAGAUGAUGAGCCACCAGCAGACUCAGUAGAAACUAUUAGAGAAUGGGCUGAUGAGCGCUCUAAUGGGAAGUUGGAUAUAGAUGAUGAGCUACCGGCAGACUCAGUAGAAACUAUUAGAAAAUGGGCUGAUGAGCGCUCUAAUGAGAAUUUGGAUAUAGAUGAUGAGCCACCACCAGACUCAGUAGAAACUAUUAGAGAAUGGGCUGAUGAGCGCUCUAAUGAGAAGUUGGACAUAGAUGAUGAACCACCAGCAGACUCAGUAGAAACUAUUAAACAAUGGGCUGAUGAGCGCUCUAAUGAGAAGUUGGAUAUAGAUAAUGAGCCACCACAAGCCUCAUUGGGUAUAGAUGAUGAGCCAAGGGCAGACUCAGUAGAAACUAUUAAAGAAUGGGCUGAUGAGCGCUCUAAAUGGAAGUUGGAUAUAGAUGAUGAGCUACCAGCAGACUCAGUAGAAACUAUUAGAGAAUGGGCUGAAGAGCGCUGUAAUGGGAAGGUGGAUAUAGAUGAUGAGCCAACGGCAGACUCUGUAGAAACUAUUAGAGAAUGGGCUGAUGAGCGCUCUAAUGGGAAGUUGGAUAUAGAUGAUGAGCCACUGGCAGACUCAGUAGAAACUAUUAGAGAAUGGGCUGAUGAGCGCUGUAGUGGGAAGUUGGAUAUUGAUGAUGAGCCACCAGCAGACUCAGUAGAAACUAUUAGAGAAUGGGCUGAUGAGCGCUCUAAUGGGAAGUUGGAUAUAGAUGAUGAGCCACCGUUGGAUAUAGAUGAUGAGCCACCAGCAGACUCAGUAGAAACUAUUAGAGAAUGGGCUGAUGAGCGCUCUAAUGGGAAGUUGGAUACAGAUGAUGAGCCACCGGCAGACUCAGUAGAAGCUAUUAGAGAAUGGGCUGAUGAGCACUCUAAUGGGAAAUUAGAUAUAGAAGAUGAGCCACCGGCAGACUCAGUAGAAACUAUUGUAGAAUGCACUGAUGAGCGCUGUAAUGGGAUGUUGGAUAUAGAUGAUGAGCCACCGGCAGACUCAGUGGGAACCAUUAGAGAAUGGGCUGAUGAGUGCUCUAAUGGGAUGUUGGAUAUAGAUGAUGAGCCACCGGCAGACUCAGUAGGAAUUAUUAGAGAAUGGGCUGAUGAGCGCUCUAAUGGGAAGUUGGAUAUAGAUAAUGAGCCACCGGCAGACUCAGUUGAAACUAUUAGAGAAUGGGCUGAUGAGCACUCUAAUAAUAAGUUGGAUAUAGAUGAUGAUCCACCAGCAGACUCAUUGGAUAUAGAUGAUGAGCCACCGGCAGACUCAGCAGAAACUAUUAGAGAAUGGGCUGAUGAGCGCUCUAAUGGGAAGUUGGAUACAGAUAAUGAGCCACCAGCAGACUCAGUAGAAACUAUUAGAGAAUGGGCUGAUGAGCGCUCUAAUGGGAAGUUGGAUAUAGAUGAUGAGCCACUGGCAGACUCAGUAGAAACUAUUGGAGAAUGGGCUGAUAAGCGCUCUAAUGGGAAGUUGGAUGUAGAUGAUGAGCCACCAGCAGACUCAGUAGAAAAUAUUAGAGAUAUAGAUAAUGAGCCACCGGCAGACUCAGUAGAAACUAUUAGAGAAUGGGCUGAUGAGCACUCUAAUGAGAAGUUGGAUAUAGAUGAUGAUCCACCAGCUGACUCAGUAGAAACUAUUAGAGAAUUGGCUGAUGAGCGCUCUAAUGGGAAGCUGGAUAUAGAUGAUGAGCCACCGGCAAACUUAGUAGAAACUAUUAGAGAAUGGGCUGAUGAGCGCUCUAAUGAGAAGUUGGAUAUUGAUGAUGAGCCACCACCAGACUCGGUAGAAACUAUUAGAGAAUUGGCUGAUGAGCGCUCUAAUGGGAAGUUGGAUAUAGACGAUGAGCCACCGGCAGUCUCAGUAGAAACUAUUAGAGAAUGGGCUGAUGAGCGCUCUAAUGAGAAGUUUUAUAUAGAUGAUGACCCACCACCAGACUCAGUAGAAACUAUAAGAGGAUGGGCUGAUGACUGCUCUAAUGAGAAGUUGGAUAUAGAUGAUGAACCACCAGCAGACUCAGUAGAAACUAUUAGAGAAAGGGCUGAUGAGCGCUCUAAUGAGAAGUUGGAUGUAGAUGAUGAGCCACCAGCAGACUCAGUAGAAACUAUUAGAGAAUGGGCUGAUGAGCGCUCUAAUGGGAAGUUGGAUAUAGAUGAUGAGCCACCGUUGGAUAUAGAUGAUGAGCCACCAGCAGACUCAGUAGAAACUAUUAGAGAAUGGGCUGAUGAGCGCUCUAAUGGGAAGUUGGAUACAGAUGAUGAGCCACCGGCAGACUCAGUAGAAGCUAUUAGAGAAUGGGCUGAUGAGCACUCUAAUGGGAAAUUAGAUAUAGAAGAUGAGCCACCGGCAGACUCAGUAGAAACUAUUGUAGAAUGCACUGAUGAGCGCUGUAAUGGGAUGUUGGAUAUAGAUGAUGAGCCACCGGCAGACUCAGUGGGAACCAUUAGAGAAUGGGCUGAUGAGUGCUCUAAUGGGAUGUUGGAUAUAGAUGAUGAGCCACCGGCAGACUCAGUAGGAAUUAUUAGAGAAUGGGCUGAUGAGCGCUCUAAUGGGAAGUUGGAUAUAGAUAAUGAGCCACCGGCAGACUCAGUUGAAACUAUUAGAGAAUGGGCUGAUGAGCACUCUAAUAAUAAGUUGGAUAUAGAUGAUGAUCCACCAGCAGACUCAUUGGAUAUAGAUGAUGAGCCACCGGCAGACUCAGCAGAAACUAUUAGAGAAUGGGCUGAUGAGCGCUCUAAUGGGAAGUUGGAUACAGAUAAUGAGCCACCAGCAGACUCAGUAGAAACUAUUAGAGAAUGGGCUGAUGAGCGCUCUAAUGGGAAGUUGGAUAUAGAUGAUGAGCCACUGGCAGACUCAGUAGAAACUAUUGGAGAAUGGGCUGAUAAGCGCUCUAAUGGGAAGUUGGAUGUAGAUGAUGAGCCACCAGCAGACUCAGUAGAAAAUAUUAGAGAUAUAGAUAAUGAGCCACCGGCAGACUCAGUAGAAACUAUUAGAGAAUGGGCUGAUGAGCACUCUAAUGAGAAGUUGGAUAUAGAUGAUGAUCCACCAGCUGACUCAGUAGAAACUAUUAGAGAAUUGGCUGAUGAGCGCUCUAAUGGGAAGCUGGAUAUAGAUGAUGAGCCACCGGCAAACUUAGUAGAAGCUAUUAGAGAAUGGGCUGAUGAGCGCUCUAAUGAGAAGUUGGAUAUUGAUGAUGAGCCACCACCAGACUCGGUAGAAACUAUUAGAGAAUUGGCUGAUGAGCGCUCUAAUGGGAAGUUGGAUAUAGACGAUGAGCCACCGGCAGUCUCAGUAGAAACUAUUAGAGAAUGGGCUGAUGAGCGCUCUAAUGAGAAGUUUUAUAUAGAUGAUGACCCACCACCAGACUCAGUAGAAACUAUAAGAGGAUGGGCUGAUGACUGCUCUAAUGAGAAGUUGGAUAUAGAUGAUGAACCACCAGCAGACUCAGUAGAAACUAUUAGAGAAAGGGCUGAUGAGCGCUCUAAUGAGAAGUUGGAUGUAGAUAAUGAGCCACCGGCAGACUCAGUAGAAACUAUUAGAGAAUGGGCUGAUGAGCACUCUAAUGAGAAGUUGGAUAUAGAUGAUGAUCCACCAGCAGACUCAGUAGAAACUAUUAGAGAAUUGGCUGAUGAGCGCUCUAAUCGGAAGUUGGAUAUAGAUGAUGAGCCACCGGCAGACUCAGUAGAAACUAUUAGAGAAUGGGCUGAGCAGCGCUCUAAAUGGACGUUGGAUAUAGAUGAUGAGCCACCAGCAGACUCAGUAGAAACUAUUAGAGAAUGGGCUGAUGAGCGCUCUAAUGGGAAGUUGGAUAUAGAUGAUGAGCUACCGGCAGACUCAGUAGAAACUAUUAGAAAAUGGGCUGAUGAGCGCUCUAAUGAGAAUUUGGAUAUAGAUGAUGAGCCACCACCAGACUCAGUAGAAACUAUUAGAGAAUGGGCUGAUGAGCGCUCUAAUGAGAAGUUGGAUAUAGAUGAUGAACCACCAGCAGACUCAGUAGAAACUAUUAAACAAUGGGCUGAUGAGCGCUCUAAUGAGAAGUUGGAUAUAGAUAAUGAGCCACCACAAGCCUCAGUAGAAACUAUUAGAGAAUGGGCUGAUGAGCGCUCUAAUGGAAAGUUGGAUAUAGAUGAUAAGCCACCGGCAGUCUCAGUUGAAUCUAUUAGAGAAUGGGCUGAUGAGCGCUGUAAUGGGAAGUUGGAUAAAGAUGAUGAGCCACCAGCAGACUCAGUAGAAUUUAUUAGAGAAUGGGCUGAUGAACGCCCUGAUGGGAAGUUGGAUAUAGAUGAUGAGCCACCGGCAGACUCAGUAGAAACAAUUAGAGAAUGGGCUGAUGAGCGCUCUAAUGGGAAGUUGGAUAUAGAUGAUGAGCCACCGGCAGUCUCAGUAGAAACUAUUAGAGAAUGGGCUGAUGAGCGCUCUAAUGAGAAGUUGGAUAUAGAUGAUGAGCCACUACCAGACUCAGUAGAAACUAUUAGAGAAUGGGCUGAUGAGCGCACUAAUGAGAAGUUGGAUAUAGAUGAUGAACCACCAGCAGAUUCAGUAGAAACUAUUAGAGAAUGGGCUGAUGAGCGCUCUAAUGAGAAGUUGGAUAUGGAUAAUGAGCCACCGGCAGACUCAGUAGAAACUAUUAGAGAAUGGGCUGAUGAGCACUCUAAUGAGAAGAUGGAUAUAGAUGAUGAUCCACCAGCAGACCCAGUAGAAACUAUUAGAGAAUGGGCUGAUGAGCGCUCUAAUGAGAAGUUGGAUAUAGAUGAUGGGCCACCAGCAGACUCAGUAGAAACUAUUGGAGAAUGGGCUGAUGAGCGCUCUAAUGGGAUGUUGGAUAUAGAUGAGGAGCCACCGGAAGACUCAGUAGAAACUAUUAGAGAAUGGGCUGAUGAGCGCUCUAAUGAGGAGUUGGAUAUAGAUGAUGAGCCACCACCAGACUCGGUAGAAACCAUUAGAGAAUGGGCUGAUGAGCGCUCUAAUGGGAAGUUGGAUUUAGAUGAUGAGCCACCAGCAGCCUCAGUAGAAACUAUUAGAGAAUGGGCUAAUGAGCGCUCUAAUGGGAAGUUGGAUAUAGAUGAUGAGCCACCGGCAGACUCAGUAGAAACUAUUAGAGAAUGGGCUGAUGAGCGCUCUUAUGAGAAGUUCGAUAUAGUUGAUGACCUACCACCAGACUCAGUAGAAACUAUUAGAGGAUGGGCUGAUGACCGCUCUAAUGAGAAGUUGGAUAUAGAUGAUGAACCACCAGCAGACCCAGUAGAAACUAUUAGAGAAAGGGCUGAUGAGCGCUCUAAUGAGAAGUUGGAUAUAGAUAAUGAGCCACCGGCAGACUCAGUAGAAACUAUUAGAGAAUGGGCUGAUGCGCACUCUAAUUAG